UCCUCUCUGUGCCUCCACCCCUCCACCACACGUCGCGCUGGCAACUCCGGAGCCGAAACCAAGCAACGAGGCGGCACGAGCGAAGACUGCUGCCAUGGCGCGACUCCUCGUAAUCGUGGCCGCCGCCGUGCUGCUGCUCGCGGCCGGCGCGACGGCGCAGCAGCAGGGCUGCGAGAACGCGACGUUCCCGGCGGGGCGGUCGUUCGCGCGGUGCAACACCCUGCCCGUGCUCGACGCCAGCCUGCACUGGACGUACCACGCCGCGAACGGCACUGCCGAGCUCGCGUUCCGGGCGACGUCGGGCAGCGCCGGCUGGGUCGCCUGGGGCAUCAACCCCGGCGGCGCCGGCAUGCCGGGCAGCAACGUGUUCGUCGCCUCCCAGAGCGCCAGCGGCGUGUCGGUGCUCACCACCGUCCUGAGGAGCACGGCCCCGGCCCUGGACAACACCACCCUCCAGUUCGACGUGCCGGUGCCGCCCGCCGCCGAGUACGCGGCCGGCGCCUACACGAUCUACGUGACGGUGGCGCUGCCGGGGAACUCCACGCAGCAGAACACGGUGUGGCAGGCGGGGCCGCUCGGCGCCGGGGACAUAUUGCCGCACCCGACGUCCGGGCCCAACUUGCAGAGCCUUAUGAGGCUGGACUUCCUGUCCGGCUAGAGCGCCCAUCGGUGCCGACGCCGAGGUCCCCGCGCCACGCCGCACCGUCACGGUGCGUAUGGGUUAUAUGUAAUUUUUUGUUAGUGUCAUCCUCAUCAUGUAUAUAAAUAAAUCACACGACAUAUUUCUCGCGAUUCCUGCUAUUACACUUCUCAUAUAUCAAUAGAAGAACACCUCGACUAGUCACUUCUUCCUAA